AAUUUUAUAUCCUUCAGCGUAAAAAAUAUUGUAGAAAUUUAAAUAAAAAAAAUUAAGAUAACAAAUUAUGGAAGAAAAAAAAAAAGAUUUUUGAACUUAUAGCAAAAGCAACUAAAGACGAAUCCUCUAACGUUUGUACUAAGAAGUUUUCUAUUAUUGAAUGUAGAGAACAUCCUGUUUAUAAUUUUCCUAUGAUUUCUAAUCACUCCUACGUUUUGAUCGAUAUAUAAAUUGUGGUUUCUGGGGGUAGUUGACACAUGGUGCCAAAAACAAUAUAUUUAAGUCAUAGCAUUUCAUAUGUUUGUUUCAAAUCAUGUUACAAUUGCACCACAAAUGAAGUUUAGCACGUGCGAGAAUUGCCAUUAAAUUCUAAAUUAUUUUGGGGCAGGAAAUAUACAAAGGGGGGUGGGGUGGAUUUAAUUAAACCAAACUUCCACCCCGAAUGUUUACUUUACAAGAUGAGAAAAGGUGUAUGUUUAUAAAUAGAAAAUUUUGUUAGUCAAGAUUUCUGGCAAAAUUAUACUAAAUCAAAAUAUAUAUACAUAGAUACACAUAUUAUAAAUGAGUUAAGUCAAAAGUUUUUGUAUAAUAUAUUAUUUUCACCUCCUAUUUCAAUGUAUAAAUUUCACAUGAGAAAAUCCACAAGAAGUCAAUUUUUUUCAACAUAUCCCAUGACGAAGGUUUCUUGAAAGGCCCACAAAAUGUAUAUAUCACAUUUGAACGAGAUAUCAAAUACAAAAUGUAUAUAUAUAUAUAUAUAUAUAUAUAUAUAUAUAUAUAUAUAUAUAUAGAAGAAGGGUGUUGUUGUAUAUGUGGAUGGAGAUGACGAGAGGGUUUUUUUUUCUUCUUUUUUCUUGUAAAAAAGAUGGGGUUUAUUGUGGCAAAUCUGUAGAAACAUUUUCCAUUCUUGACAUGGAAAAUUUGUUGGAAAAUUUGUCUCAUGACUUAUUGAUUUUCACAAGUGCCGCGGAUUUUUUGUAACCCCGGAUUCUUUUUUAUCUCUGACUUCCUUUCCAUUUAUGCUACAAGAUGUUUUGUAUGGUAUUUUCUAUGUUAAAAAUUCAAUUGAGAAAAAGAUGAGAUGAAAAAGCGAAAGAAUGUUUUUAAGUAAAUGAGAAAUUUUUAAAAUUUAGGAUUUUAAUAAAAAUUAAACAAAUAAAAAAUUAAAUAUUUGUGUGUCUAGAAUAUCUUGUCUUGCCUUCUGGGGGUUGCUUUAUUUUAUUGAAAUUCUCCGCUGUUUUAUUAUUUGACUCUGGUGAAUACGCGCGCCGUCUCUCCUCUCUUGUGGUGGAUGAAAUAAAAUUGGAUGGAUCGCAUAUAUAUGUGGGAAGUGAAUGGAAGAGAGGAUAAGAGUUCGAUUAACAGAUUGCCAGGAAAAUGAAUAUAUGAUGAUGAAGUGAAUAUGAGAAUGAUAAGCUCGUGUCGAGGAGGGAUUUUCCUUGUAUUUUGUAUUAUGUAUAUACAAAACCCCCUUAGGGGAUGGAAUAUCUGUAUAUAUUGUGUGCCUCCUAUUUAUAAAUCCAAUGAACCAUCUACCAUACUUCAAUCGCCACCUUUGCGCCUCUCUCAUCUGUGAAAAAUGAUGAAGUACUCCAACGUGAACUCUCUCUCACGGGGUAUAGGCUAGGCAUACACCGUGGCAAAUCUCUCGGUUUUAUCAGAAUAUCUAUCCGGGGGUAUCACACCAAUGUCCACCGGUUCGGAAAUUAAAUUCUAUAAGGGGAACUGACAACAGGGGGAGCGAGGGUUAUAUUUGUAUUAUAAAACACAGUAAAUAAUUUACUAAAUAACCCCAACAUCGUAAUACACUUCGGUGAAAAUUUAAAUUCUCAUACAGGCACACGCAAAAAAAAUGAAAAAAAAGCUCAUAAAAUUUUACUUAAAUACCCGGAUUAUUCAUUUAAAACAUGACCUUUUUUUCAACGAGCUAUCCCGCGAUUUAAUAAAAUAUUUACCAAGAAAUCUCUUAAUGCGAAAAAGGAUUUUUUGUGUGUGUAAUAUUUUGAUAACAUUCUUAAGUGAUUAAAUUUUGCUUUUCGAAGAAAAACAUCUAUCAAAGGAAAGACGAAUUUAAAUCUCCUGCAUAGAAGUAUUGUGGUUUCACAUUACAUUUUAUGAUACAGGGAGAAAAAGUUAGAAGAUAUUCAAAUUCAAGGAAAUAUGAGAGAAUCUCUGGUUUCCCUAGGAUACGGGAAAUUUAAUUUAUUAGACAUAGAGGUAAAAGUUUUCCUGCAAUAGAAGACCUAUGUAAAGAUGUGCGCAUCAUGAAAAACUAAAGUUUUCUUCCUGUAUGCAUAUAGUUUCAUGUAUGAAAGAUUCAAGUUAAAAUUCAGAGAAAAAAAAUUCUUAGUCACUUGAAAAGUUGAUAAAGUGACUAACAACUUAAAGUUUGACAAUAAAAUUAGUAAAUUAGAGUCUUAAAUUGAUUAGAAAUUCAAUAAGAUUAACUCAACCGUCUUAGAAACAAAUGAAAAAGAAAGAAGGAUUUCCGGCUUGGGUUUCGAACUUAUAGCAAAAUCUUAAAAAAACAGUCCACGUUCUAACGAUUGUGCUACGUAACUUUUUAUUAUCAAAUUAUCAAAUGAAAAAAAUAUUGUAUCCAUAAACAUGCUGGCUUGACUUUUGAAUUUUUUAUAUUAAAAUUACUUAAUUCAAAAUACUUGGUGUUGGCCACGAAGUGGAACACCAACUAAUUGUUAAAAUGACUCAAUGCGGUUCAGUUUGAGUAUAAGGAUUGGUUUAAAUCAUUUUGUAAAAAAAAUUUAAAAAGUCACCAACAUAAUAAAAUUUAAAUCACUUUAAAUCCUUUCAUAUUAAAAUUAUUGUUUAAUUGGAAAGAAGGGUGAUUAUAGCUUUUUCCUCAUCAUAUAAUUCUUUCCAUGAUGCAGCUAUAAAUUUUUCACAGAGUGUCUGUGUGUGUAGGGUGAAGGAUACCUACCAGGUAAAAUGUGUGCAAGCUUUGAAAAGGUAGAAGGAUGUUGAAGCGAUUUUGAGUGGAUUUAUUAGUCUUGUGCUUUAUAGUUAGAUUGAAAGAGUGGAUGAGGAAACCCAUUGAGCAGUUCAGUGAACAAGAAAGAUGAUUUUAUGUAAAAUAUACAUAUGUUAAAGGCUCUCUCUGGCCGAUGCAAGACUUUUGUGAUAUAUACGUAAGGCAUGUGUACAUAGUUUGAAAAUUGAGAGGCAACGGAGAGAAAGUGUAAAUGAGAGGAGCGCAGUGAGAUAAAAUUCAGUUGACACUCUUUGGGGCGGUUUAAUGAUGAUGGAGCAGUGUGUGUAUGGCGAUGUGUUCGGGAAAAAGAUUGUCUGACUGGCAGGUUAUUUAAUUAUUGGACGUGAGUGAGUUGUGAGAGAACUGCAGCGGGUAGAACACAUUCGCACGAGUGCUUUGAGGAGGUUGUGAAGAAAAAAAAAGAUUUUUUUUUCAUAUAAAAUCACAUUCUGCACGAGACACCCAGUCAUCUGUCAGGUGUUGAACAGCUAGGACUGCUUUUUCUGUUGAACGCGCGAACGUGAAAACUUUUUGGAGGUUUUUUCAUCUUUCUUUAUUUUUUUUAAUCUCCCUGCGGUGGUCUUAACGCGCCCGCCCUUUUACAAAAAAAGAAGAUAAUAAUAACAAUUCAACACGUGAAAGCUCUAUAAAAUCACGUGAGCUUUUCUGGGUGCCUGUGCCCAAGUUUUAAUAAUGGCAAUUAAUGGUGAGAGUUAAUUAAGUGAAAGUGGAAAUCCUACAUUCUUUUGGAUUUUCUGUGACACUUUUCCUUACUCUAAAUAUUCCCACAACAUUAAGUUUUUUUUCAUCAAUAAAUCCACUUCUUAAGCACAUACAGAAAAACUUGUUUUCACUGUGUAGAGAUUUUAAUGAUAGUGAUUUUGUGAAAUAAUUCGUGUGUGCUGGUUUGAAGGCAAAAAAGAAGUAUGAAUCAACCGGUGACAAUGAAUUGAGGUGUUUCUCCAAAUACGAAUUUAUACAAUACAAUCUCUAUUUUAUUUAUUGAUUUAUUGCGGUUUGAAACGUACAAUUUAAAGACAGCAGAUAAAUAAUACCUUUUGUGCAUUUUAAAUUCUUCGGAGACGCGACGACUAUAAGAACGCCUCUCAAAUGAUGGAAACGGAAAAUAUCGAUGUCCUCUCGUCAUUUGAACCCCUUGUGACGCGUUUUGCAACACGACGCAAAUCUGUUUUUGCUGAAACGUAUGAUCCAGAAAAUGAUCCAGACGAUGAUGAAGGUGCAACGGCAAUUUUCCCCAAGACGGAUGAACAGCGAUCACGUCUUGUGGAAUCCGUGAAGAAUAUCCUGCUUUUCCGAUCGUUAGACAAAGAGCAGAUGAACCAAGUGCUCGAUGCCAUGUUUGAGAAGAUUGUACGACCAGAUGAGUAUAUUAUACGACAAGGUGAUGAUGGUGACAACUUCUACGUGAUUGAAUCAGGCAAAUACCGAGCUUUUGUCGGUGAAACUCUCAUCCAUACCUACGACAAUAGUGGUAGUUUUGGUGAAUUGGCACUUUUGUACAAUAUGCCGAGAGCGGCCACUAUUCAAGCAGCGACCGACGGUCAACUGUGGGCGAUGGAUCGACAAACAUUCCGGAGGAUUCUGCUAAAAUCAGCUUUCAGAAAGCGAAAAAUGUAUGAAUCUCUUUUGGAUAAUGUACCAAUGCUGAAAGCACUACAGAACUAUGAACGAAUGAAUCUGGCUGAUGCUCUCGUACCAAAAUCAUAUGGCAAAGGAGAGAGAAUUAUAAAGCAAGGCGAUGCUGCCGAUGGAAUGUACUUCAUUGAAGAUGGCACAGUGUCCAUUCGUAUUCAGCAAGAAGAGGGUGAAAUUGAGAUUUCAGUCCUCGGAAAGGGUCAAUACUUUGGUGAAUUGGCACUAGUAACGCACAGACCGAGAGCAGCGUCCGCUUAUGCUGCUGAUAAUAUUAAAGUGGCAUUUCUCGACGUUGAUGCAUUCGAACGUCUCCUGGGACCUUGCAUGGAUAUAAUGAAGCGCAACAUUGAUGACUAUGAGACACAAUUAAUAAAGAUCUUUGGCAGCAAAAAUAACAUUAGUGAUAUUCGAUAAGAGUGCUGCACUUUUGCAAAAUAACAACCAUAAAGUGCGCAAAGUUGACGACUGGCGGUGGAGGCGUAGUAAAUGAAGAAUAAAAAAAGAAAUAAAACAUUGUGUAGAAAAAAAUCAUACGUUCUCUCAGACAAAUUAAUUUAAUCAUGGUGGGAUUGAUAAGAAAUAAGAAAGAAACAAUUAUACAAAAAAACCCAAAAAAAAAUGAAAAAGGAAUGGUGGGAAAAGUUAUAAAAAGUCGGAAAAUUUUUCCAAAGAAAUUCUCAAAUGUAAAUUUCUUUUGAAAAUUUCGUAAAAAAAGAGAAAUUAGGUAAAAAGUUGGAUUUUUUUCGGGGGAGAACAUCAAAAUUGUGAAGAAAGAAAUUUUUAGAAAUUUAGUUAUAAAAAUUCAGCAUUAAUGUUAAGUAAAAAAAAUUAAAUGAAAAAUUUAUUGAUAGCAAAUUGAGUGAGUUAAUUUGGAUCAAUAAUAAUUUAGUAGAAAAAAAAAUGAAAAUCCACCUUAGAUUUUAAGCUUCUUUUCAAAUGUGUUCAGAAUUUACAUUUUAUUUUAAUCAUUUUUCUUGUAUAGUCAUCCACUUUUUGAGUUUUUUUUUGCAAUAUUUUCUUUUAAAAGUUUUUUUUUUUAUAUUCAUCAAAAUAAAAAUUUUCCUUUCUAUAUAUUCAAACGACCUGAAAAAAUAUAUUUUUAAUCACUUUAAAUUUCUGGCAAUUUUUUUCAUGUCUUAAUUAUUAUUAAUAUUAUUAAAGAUACAAAAAAAGUAAAGAAUUAGGAAGAGUUAAAAGAAUAUAAAUAUUAAAGGUAAACAAAAAAAGUAAUAUACAUAAAAGAAUUCGAUAAAUGUGUGUGGAUGGGUAAAAAAAAAAACAUUUAAUAUUGUUAAGUGGUGUUACAUUUUUGCCAUCUGUGUCACUUUGUUCUCACUGUAAAACCAUCCCCCAUCUAUAUAAAAGAAACCAUGAAAAACUGAUCGUGAAUAACAAAAUAUACAAAACAAUAUAUAUUUCCUGCUAUGGAGCAGAAUGUAGAAAAAUCCAAGAAUAUCAAUCUCUAAGCUCCCAAAGUGAAUGAAAAAUAAGAAACCUCUUGUGUAGCCUAUUUAUAAUUUAUUCUUUUUUUUUGUUAAAUUUUUUAAUAGAAAUAAAAAAGAAAAUAAUAAGUGAUUUGAGUCAUCCAGCGGUGAAAGUUUUCAAAAUCGUGUGGUUUUUGUGACGUAGGUAUGAAAACCAUGUCAACUCCACUAAUGUCACAAAAGAUAUUGAAGCACAAUCUAUGUUGAAAUUUUCCGAAUUUUCUAGCAAUAGGUGUCGCUGGACAAUAGCCCAAGACAUGAACCAAUAAAAGUAAUUUUUUUCAUCAAAAUCCACACAUAAACCACCCGAUUUAGAGCAUUUUUUGCACGAAAUACACCACCCAGCUCAUACUAUAGAAGAAGCUUCAAUGGGACUUUCAGAGGUAGAGACCAUUUUUUUUAAAACUAUGCAACAAAAAAAUGAUCUAAUCAUGCAAGAUAAAAAAAAGAUUUAAUAUGGAAAAAAGAGCUUAAUUAUAUUAUAAAUAUUGUUGAGACAAUAUUGAAGGAGAGAAAAAAUUUACACACAUAAAGUAUUUACCUGUAGAAGCGAAUCUAUUUAUAUACUAUUAUUAUAGAAUGAAAAUGAAAAGAGUAAAAAAAUAAUAGAAAAUGAUUUUGAAACCUAAAAAAAACGAGAGAAUAUUUUGAAAAUGGAAUAAUUUUCUUUGAAAAAUAGUAUUUUUUACUAUUUUACUAUUCCUAGUGAUUUCUUUUGUAUUUAACAAAUAUUUUUUCUAUAGGGGUAGUGUGUCUAAUAUGGGGAAUAUGGGGUAUUUUCUUCUGAAUUUUUUUUAACAUUUAUACAUACAUUUAAAAAUUUAAAGCAAAAUUUUUAAUUUACUUUUGCCUAAAUCUUGGAUACAAAAGACAGUUAAAAGCUUUUUUACUUGAGUUUAAAAGUUAUUGCGUUGAUAUCCCUAAUUAUUUACAAAAACUAACAAAAAUCAAUUGAAAUAUAAAAACAAAGUUAGUGAAUAAAAAAUUCAUAAAUUAAUCAAAAGGGAACUAAUUUUUAUUUAUAUAAAAAACAAAAAUUUCUAACCCUUAUAAUGACUAAAAGCAUUUAAUUUUUUGUUUAAAAUAAAAGAAGGAUACCAUUCUUCACCCCAUAUUGAAACAUUUUAUACCCUAUUUUUUACAAUAUUAACCUACAAUAUAAUUUAUUUUCAAUUUUGAAUUUUAUUCAUUCUUGCUUAAUAACUGAUGCCUAAUUUAGAGGACAAAUAUUAUGUAGUUUAUCGUUCUUAACGACGAUUUUACUUAAAAGAAAAUAAAGGAAAAGAAGAAAAUCCAUUGAGUAGAAUGCUGGAAAUUUUGCUCAAUGCGAUGUGUUUUUUUUUUGUAUUAUUUAUUUUAAAAAAAAGUUUUUUUUGCCAUAUAAUUAUUAUUAUAUAUUAUAAAUAUAUUCCAAGUAGCUAUUAAUAUCUUCUAAAUAUUACAAAAAGAAUAAAAAAAUGUGUAUUUUUUGUUAUUUUAAAUAUUUCCCACGCAAGAGGAAAAAUCCGUCUCAAUUUUCACAAGAAAAUGGAAAAAAGUAGAUAACCUCCUUUUACUCCGUGAAAAUGUUUCUUGAGAGAAAGCAGCAAAAAUAAUAAGAAAUAUCGAUGUCCCUUUAUUUCAUAUUCACCUCCUCUCCGACAAAAAAUAUAAUAUAAAGAAAAUCCACUCCAGUUAUCCUUUUAAAAGAAAGAAAAUAAAAACCAAGAAAAUAAUGUACCAUGAGAAAAGAAAAAAAGGCUAAGAAAAAUGGUUAGAUGAGUAAAAAAAAAAUCCCAAUGUAGUGUUAAAAAAGGGACACUAAAAAAUGAAAGAGUAAUAAAAGGAGAAUCCUUAAAUGGAAUUAAAUGUUUAAUUUAUUACAUGUUGUGUACAUAAUAAGUUUCAGCAAAGAAGGCAUAAAAAAGGAGAAUAUUAUUAAAAAGAAAAUUUAAGAAAAAAAAACAUCAUCACAUGAAGAGCAAAGAAGAAAAAUCAUUGAAAAUCUUAAAAUAUUAAAUUCGCCGUGCAAUAGAAGAAGAAAAAAUAGUUUAUUGCUUUAGAAAUGCGACACACUGUCGCUGUGAGAAAAAAAUGCGAAAAAUUUGAGAAAAAUUUUGUGAAAAAGGCACGAAAGUCUUGUACAAAAAAAAUUGGUCUAGUCUAGAAGAAAAAAAAUUAUUGAAUUAAUUUUUUUGCCAUAAAGUGACGGGAAAAUCAAUGAUGUGGAAAAAAUAGUGAAAUGAAGCUAAAUGAAGAAUAUUUUAAAGAAAGAAAAAAAGUAAAUAAUAUUCACUGUCCUUAUGCAAUUCAUGAUAAUCGAAAAAAAAUAAAUGAGAAAAAAUCACCUACUAUUCAGCUACAUAUCUUAUAUACAAAAAAAAGAAGAAAGAAAUAUUAUAAUUAAAUUGUAUCGGCACCAAAAAAACAUUAAAAGAAAAUUUAUUAAGAAAAGAAGAAUAAGGAAAGGUCAUAAAGUUUAGUAAAAAAAAAAAAUCACGUUAUGAAAAUUAUACAAAAAAAUAGAUGGAAAGAAAAUCUUUUAAAAAAUCAUGAUUAGGUUUUUAUUAGAAUUCGUGCGCCGAAGCUAUUUAUUAAAUUGAAUUGAAAAAAAUAAUCAUUAAAUCACAUUUUAGUUACAGUAUAUUGAAGGAAAAAAAAUUAAUGAAAAUUCAAUUUAUUUCUCUAGCGGCAAUUUUAGGGUGUAUAUGGAAAAUCCAGACAAAAAAUAUCUUUAAAAAAAGCUUGUAGGUGUCGAAGACAUUGAAGAAAAAUCAGAGUGAAAAUUAUUAUUGAGAAAGCAAAAGUGAAGGAAAAAACACGAAUAUCAGAGAAUAUGUAUAAGAGCCCAAAAAUAAUGAAUUAUUAAAUGUCUUUAUAAAUUAAAAAAA